AUGGGACGGAUAAGCAAAAACGAUCUUACACUCCAUUUGCCUGGAAGGGGAAGAGCAAUCGGGCAGUGUCCGCAUAUUAAUGGUUUUGUUGCCGUUGCUCAGUGUGUUCAGUUGCAUCGAUUGCAGAAUAUGGAAGUGACGAGAGAUGAAAUCGCAUGGCUAUCGUCACGAACGCUGUGCAUGCUCGCAUCAACCGAAAAGGGCAGAAUGUAUGACGUGAGAAGUGUGUACGGUUUACAGCAGAGUAUUGCCACUAGAAAGGCUCUCCACGAAGUCACAUCGAAACGAUCAACUGUUCUAACUGGGUUAGUAUGA